GGGGCGGGCGGGGGCGGGCGGCGCUGCGGGGCCCCGCGGCCGCGGGCUCCAAUGGCGAGGCCGGCGCGGCCCCCGCUAAUUACAUAAGCGGGACGUCAAUAAUUCGCGGGAAAACGCGAAAAAGAUGGCGCCCCGCGCCCGGGGGGCCCCUUCCUGAGCGCCCCGGCCCCCCCCCCCCCCCCCCCCCCCCCCCCCCCCCCGCGGCGCCCCCGCCCCGCCCCGCCCCCGCCGAGACCCCGACCCCGGCCCCACGGGCGGACACUCGGCCGGGCAGCCGCGGGCCGAGCGCAGCCGCCUCCGCCGCCGAUGCGCCUGGUGGCCAGACUCCAAGUGGGACCGGCGGACACGCAGCCGCGCGUGUCAGUGGAAGCUGAUGGAGAAUCGAGCUCUGGACCCAGGGACUCGGGACUCCUAUGGUGCCACCAGCCACCUCCCCAACAAGGGGGUCCUGGCAAAAGCCAAGAACAACUUCAAAGACCUGAUGUCCAAGCUGACGGAGGGCCAGUAUGUGCUGUGCCGGUGGACAGAUGGACUGUAUUACCUCGGGAAGAUCAAGAGGGUCAGCAGUUCUAAGCAGAGCUGCCUUGUGACUUUUGAAGAUAAUUCCAAAUACUGGGUCCUGUGGAAGGACAUACAGCAUGCUGGUGUUCCAGGGGAGGAGCCCAAGUGCAACAUCUGCCUGGGGAAGACAUCGGGGCCACUGAAUGAGAUCCUCAUCUGUGGGAAAUGUGGCCUGGGUUACCAUCAGCAGUGCCACAUCCCCAUAGCAGGCAGUGCCGACCGGCCCCUGCUCACACCUUGGUUCUGCCGACGAUGCAUCUUCGCGCUGGCUGUGCGGAAAGGCGGCGCGUUGAAGAAGGGCGCCAUCGCCAGGACGCUGCAGGCUGUGAAGAUGGUGCUGUCCUACCAGCCCGAGGAGCUCGAGUGGGACUCGCCCCACCGCACCAACCAGCAGCAAUGCUACUGCUACUGCGGCGGCCCUGGAGAAUGGUACCUUCGGAUGCUGCAAUGUUACCGGUGCAGGCAGUGGUUCCACGAGGCCUGCACCCAGUGCCUCAAUGAGCCCAUGAUGUUUGGAGACCGGUUCUACCUGUUCUUCUGCUCCGUGUGUAACCAGGGCCCAGAGUACAUCGAGAGGCUGCCCCUGCGAUGGGUGGACGUGGUUCACCUGGCCCUCUACAACCUGGGAGUGCAGAGCAAGAAGAAGUACUUUGACUUUGAGGAGAUUCUGGCCUUUGUCAACCACCACUGGGAGCUCCUGCAGCUUGGCAAGCUCACCAGCACCCCCGUGACGGACCGAGGACCACAUCUCCUCAACGCUCUGAACAGCUACAAAAGCCGGUUCCUCUGUGGCAAGGAGAUCAAGAAGAAGAAGUGUAUCUUCCGCCUGCGCAUCCGCGUCCCGCCCAACCCUCCAGGGAAGCUGCUGCCUGACAAGGGCCUGGUGCCCACUGAGAACGGCGCCUCCUCUGAGCUGCGUAAGAAAGGAAAGAGCAAGCCUGGUUUGUUGCCUCACGAAUUCCAGCAGCAGAAAAGGCGAGUUUAUAGAAGAAAAAGAUCAAAGUUUUUGCUGGAAGAUGCUAUUCCCAGUAGCGACUUUACCUCGGCCUGGAGCACCAACCACCACCUGGCCAGCAUAUUUGAUUUCACGCUGGAUGAAAUUCAGAGUUUAAAAAGUGCCAGCUCAGGCCAGACAUUCUUCUCAGAUGUGGACUCCACUGAUGCCGCCAGCACCUCUGGCUCCGCUUCCACCAGCCUCUCCUAUGACUCCAGACGGACAGUGGGCAGCCGCAAGAGGAAACUGGCAGCCAAAGCAUACAUGCCACUGCGGGCAAAGCGGCGGGCAGCUGAGCUGGGUGGACGCUGCCCCUCGGACAGCAGUGCAGAGGGGGCUUCAGGCCCUGAGCGGCCAGACGAAGGCAUCGACAGCCACACAUUUGAGAGCAUCAGUGAAGACGACUCUUCCUUGUCCCACCUCAAGUCAUCCAUCACCAACUACUUUGGCGCAGCUGGGCGGCUGGCCUGUGGGGAGAAGUACCAGGUGUUGGCUCGGAGGGUCACGCCCGAGGGCAAGGUUCAGUACCUGGUGGAGUGGGAAGGGACCACCCCUUACUGACGAGCCCUCAGGGGAUGCCAGGAGCCCUGGAAACCAAAGGAGAGACAGUGGAAGCCACAGGCUCCCCAGUUCUCUCCAGGCAGGGGUGGGAGAGGGAAGCAGGACAGUGCCUGGCAAAAAGCCCUGCCUGCCUGCCCACCAGGCCAGGGCCUGCGCCUCUCUGCUGUGCCCACUCUGCUCUCGGGCCGUCUCAGGCUCAUCACCCCUUUGCCUGUGUCUCUAAGGUCCGCUGGCUAUUUCUCGGUGUCUCCACACACUCCACACUCCCUCCAACUGUUCAUCUGUUCCUCUGAAUUUGUGUUCCCCCGGCUCUAUGACCCUUUCUCCCGAGGCCUGAAUCUCUUUGUCCCCAAUUCUGUGUCCCUUUACCUCCCUCACCCCUUUUGGGUUUGUGUUUACACACCCUAUGUGCGCAUGGCUGUCCCUCCACUGGAUGUCCUUCACACCAGACCCAUGGGCAGCCUGUCCUCCUAGGGACCACACUCUGAGAACAGGAACCUCUGAGAGAGAAUGGGUGAAGGUGGAUACGAAGAUGCCCGCGGUGCUUUUCUCUCCCACUUCCUGCCACUCCCCCUGCCCUCAAAAAGAGGUGGUGAGGGUGGGAGAACACCAACGCCCCUGUGAAAGCCUGUGUGGCAGAGACCCUGGGACUCUCAGGAUCUGAGAAGUGAAGAGGCUGAGUCUCUGCCUCAGAAGGUACCAGCACCAGAGCCCAAUUAUUAAGGCUAAGAGUGAUGGCUGCUGUCAGCCUCUGAGGUCCCAGAAGUUUUCCUUUUCCUGGCCACACUCCCUCUUAGUUGCCAUGGAGCUGAGCCUGGCCUUGCUGGACUAGAGGGGGCCUUGAAAACCUGAGGGACGGGAGAGGAAGUGGGAGGGAAGGGAGCCAUGUCAUGCUUAACCUCAAACUGUUUCCUAGGCCUCCCACCCCCGACCCACCACACCCACAGCUGAAUAAUACACACUCACUCACAUAUAAGCUUCCAUCCACAUGUGUGCCUUCACUUUCCAGGCACACACAUGUGGCCCCCAGCCUCCAGGUGUACACACACACACACACAGCCACACAUUCCUUCCAGUGCCAGCCUGGCUCCUGCCCUUGGCUUUCCCUUGGCCCUCUUCCAGGGGCCAUGUCCUGCAACUAAAUGUGAAAGUCCAGCUCCUGCCCCUUCUUUCAGCCCGUGAACCAGCUUUGACCCCAUAGGGAAGCACAGGGGACAUACCCUCUUCCUUAUCCCCUGCCCCACCCUGAUAUUGACAAUCACUUUUUUGGGCCAGGUUGGGAUUUUUAAGGGGCCUGUGUCAUUCAGUCCCCUCAAAGGGAAGCCUUUGUCAGUGGGAGUAUAAAUAUAAUUCUUAGAACCAACAUUUAAACCCAUACCCAUCUGGAGGGAAACCAAAAAUGGGAGGGGGAGGGGACCCCUCAUUUUUGCUGCUUCCAGAGAUAUUAGAAACUUUCCAUUGAUUGGAAAAUGGAAAGAAGUGCCUUGAAUUGGGGUGAGGGGGUGCACCAGAUGGGGACCAGCCUUGCCAACUGCCGCUGUGGCCUCUAGCUUGGCUGAGUUUUGUAGGCUGCCAGCUGCAAGGCGAAGGUGGAUGAACAGUGACGGGGUGGCAGCGGGCCUGAGGAGCUGGUUUUUCCAUUAUCAGGCUGACCCCUCCCCACUGUGAGCCUCCAGGGGGCCCUGAGAUAGUUCAGAUGUCCCUUGCCUCAAGCCUCAGCUCCUACAGUGCCUUUCAAAUGGGACCUCAUCUCCUGUGUGCAGCCCACCCACUUCCCUCUGCUUCCCUGGCAUGGCCCAGGCAAGGACCAGCUGGAGCUGGGCCCAGUCCUCCCCCUUCUCAGCCCCACAGCUGCUGCCACUAAAGCCUCCUCCUGGGGCCAGGUGGAAGAGGAGCUGAGAAGCCAGCCUCCAGCUUAGCAUGGAUGUAGGCCCUGGGAUCCAAUCUGUGGCUUCCUGCCUGGCUUCAGAGAGCAGAGCAACCUCCCAGGUCUGCUUUCCAGGCUUCUAGAAAGCACAGGAUGAACAAGGCCUGUCACAGUGCAUCUGUACCUUCUCAACUCUGGCUCCAGAAAGGCUCUGGACUUGAAGAGGGGGAAGGAGGGAAAGGGUGUCUUCCCCACUUGGGAAGUCGGCAUAAGACCUGGCCAGGUCACCCUGACUCCACACCCCAGCAUUUCAUUCAUACAAGAUAAUAGCUGCAUUACUGCCAACUGACCUUAUAACCCUGUGCACCUUCAAAAAGAUUUAUGGUUUUGAAUUGCUGCUUUUAAUAACAUUUGUUAUAUUAAAGUUAUAAUUAAUGUGUAUGA